CGCGGAUAUUAGAAGAAGAAUCAACAGUGUGAUUAUUUAAAGAGAAGCUGUAACUGACACUACUGACAGUCUGAUAUUGGACUUUUCACCAGGCAGCAGCAGCAUGGCUCAUGUCAGCGGUCAUGGGAAGUUGCUCUUGCAGCGUCUUCAUGAGCAGCGGGAGAUGGACUUCCUGUGUGACAUAACCAUCGUGGUGAGAGACGUAGAGUUCAGAGCUCACCGGAACAUCCUGGCGGCGUUCAGCAAAUACUUCUCGUCGCAGGCGGAGAAGGGUCAAGACGUCACGACCCUCGACCCCGACAAGGUCAGCCGCUACUCUCUGGAGAAGCUGCUGGAGUUUAUCUACACGGGACAAAUGAACCUGAGCAGCACCAGACAGGCGGCGGUGCGUCGGGCCGCUGUGUUUUUAGGAAUGCCCGAAGCCACGAAGUAUCUGGAGGAGACGCCUCACUGGUCCGAGCAGAGCGAGAAGUCAGAGGCCGGUCUCUCUCCUCCGAGUCCCACCGGCUCCUGGAGCAUCCCCAGCUCCCCCCUCGAGCUCUCAAUCGUCUCCGUCACGGGAGGGGUGCCGCCGGAGGGGGAGGCGAAGGAGCAGGAGAAGGAG